AUGACACCGAUCGACAUUCCUCUGGAUCUCCAGAUCGAAAUACUCUUAAGGCUGCCCGUGAAAUCUUUAUUUAGAUUUAGAUGCGUCUCAAAGCUUUGGUCCUCAAUCAUCACCAGCCGAGACUUCAAAAACCGGCAUAUGAAUAUUGCUACUUCCUCAGCUCCUCCUCGUCUCCUCAUUGCUUUUGCGGACUUUGACGGAUCAAAGCUUCUGUUAGUCUCGUCACCUAACCCGAUCGCAUCUUCCUCUUCCUUUUCCUCUUCUCCAUUUUGUGUACCCUACAGAGAUCUGAGCCUAGUCAAACUCCAAGGGAAAAAGGUGUAUAAUACGAGUCGGGGCUUAAUAUGCGUUGGAGCCGGUUUUAAAGAUGUGGCGAUUUGUAACCCCAGCACGAGGCAGCUCCAUACUUUUCCCGAAUUCAAAUUCAAAGAUAGUCGACACUUUAUUCCACGCCCUAACUACGUUUUUGGGUACGAUCCUGUUGAUGAUCAAUACAAAGUGCUUGCCGUUCAUCUUUCUAGUAGAUCCGAGAACAAGGUUCUGGCAUCAGGAAAAGAAGAAGCUUGGAGAGAGGCUCCGUGUGUCGCAUGUCCUCAUUUUCCUCGUACCUGGGGGUUGUAUAUGAACGGAACCGUCUACUACAGGGCUAAGGCCAUCGAUUCCCCGGAUCGUGGUUCUAUAAUUAUGAGUUUCGAUGUUAGGCUUGAAACAUUCAACAUGAUCAAUAUACCAUCCAAAGUUCUAUCAUUGAUGGGUUAUGUAAAUAUGGGGGAUGCUUAUAGGUUGUUUACGGAUAAAGCACUGAUCAACUACAGAGAGAAGUUGGUCUAG